GGAAGGAGUUGGUGUUUUGGCGGCUGUUGUGCUGUCUUGCACGCAGUUGCACGGUUUACAGAAAUUCGGUCCCUGGGUCGUGUCAGGAAACUGGAAGAAAGAUCAUAAGCAUGAAGCGCAGUUCAGUUUCCACCGGUGGUGCUGGCCGCCUCUCUAUGCAGGAUUUAAGAUCCCAGGACUUCAGUAAACAAGGCCUAGGCCUCCAUACCCCUCAAACCAAAGAGAAACCAGCCUUUGGAAAGUUGAAUAUAAGCAGACCCACAUCUGAAAGAAAAGUCUCUGUAUUUGGUAAAAGAACUAGUGGACAUGGAUCCCGGAAUAGUCAACUUGGUAUAUUUUCCAAUUCUGAAAAAAUCAAGGACCCAAGACCACUUAAUGACAAAGCAUUCAUUCAGCAGUGUAUUCGACAACUCUGUGAGUUUCUUACAGAAAAUGGUUAUGCGUAUAGUGUGUCCAUGAAGUCCCUACAAGCUCCUUCUGUUAAAGACUUCCUAAAGAUCUUCACUUUUCUUUAUGGCUUCCUCUGCCCUUCGUAUGAACUUCCUGACACCAAGUUUGAAGAAGAGGUUCCAAGAAUCUUUAAAGAUCUUGGGUAUCCUUUUGCAUUAUCCAAAAGCUCCAUGUAUACAGUAGGGGCCCCUCAUACAUGGCCUCACAUUGUGGCAGCAUUGGUUUGGCUGAUAGACUGCAUCAAGUUACACACUGCCAUGAAAGAAAGCUCCCCUAUAUUUGAUGAUGGACAGCCUUGGGGAGAAGAAACUGAAGAUGGAAUUAUGCAUAAUAAGUUGUUUUUGGACUACACCAUAAAAUGCUACGAGAGUUUCAUGACUGGUGCCGACAGCUUUGAAGAGAUGAAUGCAGAGUUGCAGUCGAAGCUGAAGGAUUUAUUUAAUGUAGACGCUUCCAAGCUGGAAUCAUUAGCAGCAAAAAACAAAGCAUUGAAUGAACAGAUUGCAAAACUGGAACAAGAAAGAGAGAAAGAACCGAAUCGUCUAGAGUCAUUGAGAAAACUGAAAGCUUCCUUACAAGCAGAUGUUCAAAAAUAUCAGGCAUACAUGAGCAAUUUGGAGUCUCAUUCAGCCAUUCUUGACCAGAAAUUGAGUGGUCUUGAUGAAGAAAUUUCUAGAGUAGAAAUAGAGUGUGAAACAAUGAAACAGGAGAAUACUCGACUACAAAAUAUUGUUGAUAAUCAGAAGUACUCAGUUGCAGACAUUGAGAGAAUAAAUCAUGAAAGAAAUGAAUUGCAGCAGACCAUUAAUAAAUUAACCAAGGACCUGGAGGCUGAACAACAACAGUUGUGGAAUGAGGAGCUAAAAUAUGCCAGAGGCAAAGAGGCGAUUGAAACACAAUUAGCAGAGUAUCACAAAUUGGCUAGAAAAUUAAAACUUAUUCCUAAGGGUGCUGAGAAUUCCAAAGGUUAUGACUUUGAAAUUAAGUUUAAUCCUGAAGCUGGAGCCAACUGCCUUGUCAAAUACCGAGCUCAAGUUUAUGUACCACUCAAGGAACUCCUGAAUGAAACUGAAGAAGAAAUUAAUAAAGCUUUAAAUAAAAAAAUGGGGCUAGAGGAUACCCUAGAACAAUUAAAUACAAUGAUAACUGAAAGCAGGAGAAGUGUAAGAUCUCUGAAAGAAGAAGUUCAAAAGCUGGAUGAUCUUUACCAACAAAAAGUUAAGGAAGCUGAGGAAGAGGACAAAAAAUGUGCCAAUGAGCUGGAAUCCUUGGAGAAACACAAGCACCUGCUGGAAAGUGCUGUUAACGAGGGCCUCAGUGAAGCUAUGAAUGAAUUAGAUGCUAUUCAGCGGGAAUACCAACUUGUUGUACAGACCACAACUGAAGAAAGACGAAAAGUGGGAAAUAACUUGCAGCGUCUUUUAGAGAUGGUUGCUACACAUGUAGGGUCUGUGGAGAAACAUCUGGAGGAGCAACUUGCUAAAGUUGAUAGAGAGUUUGAAGAAUACAUGUCUGAAGAUCUCUUGGAAAAUAUUAGAGAGAUUGGAGACAAGUAUAAGAAGAAAGCUGCUCUACUUAAGGCUUCUGAUGAAUAAAGAUAAAAUGUGGAUUAUGUAAGCAAGAACUUUAUUAACAGUGUAAAUUUUGAAAAAUCCUUUGUAGAUUUGAAAAAUCUCUAACAUCCUGUUCCCCUCUUUACAAUGAAGUCUCAUGACCACGUCUUCCCAAGUUUGUGAAAUAUUUUUAUAUCUUUUAUAAAUAUAGUUAAUUAAAGUAUGUAUAUCCUGAAAUUAUGAUAACUUGUUCGAUUGUUGUCUUUAAAUGUGAAAGACCAUUUAUAUUGUGUUCCCAGAGUUAAUAAAAUUGUGUCAGUAAAGUGUGUUUCUCCCCUGAUUUCUCUGCCUAACUUCAGAUGGUUAGAAGAUUGGUAUUUCGGUCUAAAGCAGGAGUCAGCAAACCAACUGUGGGCCAAAACCAAUCACACGCAUUCAUCGACAUACCAUCUAUGACUAUUUUCACACCACAAUAGAGAGUUUAAUAUAUGCGACAGAGACCAGAUGGCCCCAAAGCCAAAAAUGUGUACUGUCUGGCCCUUUACAGAAAAAGUUUGCCAAUCCCAGGUAUAAACUAUACAAAGGUUGGUACUGUCCAACUGAAAAACUUUGACUCUGAACAUGUAGUCUAACCCACUCUUUACCCAGAGCCAAAAAGCUAAAGUUAUUUCUGGCUUCGUGCCAUCUUCAUUUUGAAAUAAGAAUCAGGAGAAAUAGUAAAAUAAUCUAGUUCAACCCCCUCAUUUUAGGGAUAAGAAUUCAAUCCUAGAGAUGUUCUGAUUUACCUCAGGUCACACCUCUCAGUAGUGAUAGAAGCCACACUGGAACUAACUUGAACCAGUGCACAAUCCUGAAUAAAGCCACAGGAGCCAUGAAAUAUCAAUGUUGUGGAUAGGGAGGAAGGGGUGUUAGAAUGUGAGAUUUUUUAGGCAAAUCUAAAUUGUUAGGAAGCUCCUCAAGUUGAACUAACAUCUGCCUCCAGGUUAACUUUCUGUUCUUUAAACUUUAUUCCAACUGUAAUGCAAGUCAAAAUGAAGAACAUGAUAAAAUGAAAUGUAAGCAACAUACUAUAAGAACCCAGAAUAGAAUUCCAGCAAAGCUUUAUGAAGGGAGAGCAGUCAGCCUGAGAGUCGAAUGAACAAAGACAGGUCAUAGUUGGGAGAAAAUUGGUAUGACAAGAUUAAUAGUCACCAGUGUAUUCAAGAAUUUUGACUCCUGACAUCCAAUAGAACUUUCUUCAGUGAUGGAAAUAUUCUGUCUGCACUAUCCAAUAUGGUACAGCCACAUCUGCACUCAAAUGGUACAUAUAUAUGAGACAAAGACUACUCAGAGCUUUGUCACUCAAAAUGUGGCAUGAAAAAUGUCAUCAGCAUCACUGGGAGUUAAAAAUGCAGACUCCUGGCCCCACCCCAAACCUACUGAAUCAGAAUCUGCGCUUUUUAUAGUUUCUUGAGAUAAACUGUAUGUAUUUAACCUUUUGUAACUUUUGACAUACCACAAUCAAGCUAGUGAAUAUAUCCAUCACCUAUAAAAGCUUCCUCAUGGCCUUUUGUAAUCCUUUCUCUUGUCCUUACCUGGCACUUGCCCCACACCCAUCCCCAGGCAAGCACUGAUCUCCUUUUUGUUACUAGAGGAUGGUUUGCAUUUUC